UUGUUGAGAUUUACGAAAAAAAGCUUUUAAUGCAUUCUUUCUUAUCUCCCAUCUCAUCACUACUUUUCCUCCUUUUGUCUCUGUCUUUUCUCGCCCCAUUCUCUCACCCUUCUCCUGGUCCUUGUGGAAGGAGGAGGAGGAGGAGGCACCAUCCAGGGGAGGAUGAGAGAAGCACAAGAAGAUAGCGUGCCUGCGAUAGGAAGAGUGGAGCUCAGACAAGGGACAUACAAGUACACACCAUGGACUGAGUGGAGACACCAAGGGGAUAGAAGAAGAAGGAGAAGAAGAGGGAGAAGAAGAAGAAGAAGGAGAAGGGGGUGUUUAGUAAGAAACCACUGACAGGAAAGAGACGCACGUGUAACGGAGAAGAACACGGUAGGACUUUUCUGUAAUUAGCGAAAGUGAAAUAAGACAAAUACAUCAUGGACUGUGGCUAAAGCAGACACACCCCAGGAUUGUCACUCAGGGAAGAACAAGACAUACCCAACAGAGACCCGACAAGUCCCAAAAAGAGUUUGUCUCUGCACAUAUUGAACAUUACUGCCUCAUCUUUCAUUCUCCCCAGUCCCAUCACUGCUUCCCCUUAGCUUGUCACCCUCUAAUGUCCCCACCUAUACAUUCCAACUCUUCUUUUUUCUCAAUGAUCUCUCCUUGGCCUCCAACCUCUCCUUCCUAUACCACCGCACCAUCUCGUUCCACAUCAUCUACCCCACUCCUUCCAGCCCUCUCUAUGGCAAUAGGAGCAUUAUCCAAUGCUCUUGGUCUCUGGAUCCUUGCUCGGGCAUAUUCCCACUCUCGACGCCUCCGACGUUCCAGAGCUCAGUUCCUCCUCUUGGCCUCAGGUCUUUUAUUGACAGACUUGGCUGGACAUGUCAUCGCAGGAUCCUUCGUUCUAUGGCUCUAUUCCCAUGGAGGAAUAUCAAUGGCUGGAUGUCAGUUUCUCGGAUGCUGUAUGGUGUUCUUUGGCCUUUCUCCACUUUUUCUUGGCCUUCUCAUGGCAUGUGAACGUUGCCUAGGACUUACAAGACCUCUCUGGCAUUCUAUUAUGGUUACUCACAACCGAGCACGGAUAAGCUUGGCCUUGACCUGGGCAGUAGCUCUCCUGGUGUCCACCCUUCCAUUUAUUGGUUAUGGAACGUAUGGGUUACAACCUUCAGGAACCUGGUGCUUCUUGCAGGAGCCCCCUGGAUUUUGCUUACUGUUUUCUGGAUUAGGUUUGGGAUCCCUGGCUGCUGCUCUGAUAUGCAACAUGAUCGUUGGAGUUACUUUACUGAGAGCUCGGAUUAAGAGAACAUCCGGAGGGGACCGCAGGAGACACCGUCGGGGAGCCCGUUCCCAUGAUUUGGAGAUGAUGGUACAGCUUUUGGCAAUCACUCUGGUGUCAUGUGUGUGCUGGAGCCCUCUGCUGGUCUCCGUGGUGAUGUUACAGACUGGUACCCCUCUCCCUGGUCCCAACUGGCUGCUGUUAACUGUACGCCUAGCCUCCUGCAACCAGAUCCUAGAUCCAUGGGUGUAUAUUCUCCUUCGCCGCUCGGUGCUUCACCGUCUUUGCAGCAUCUUUGUGAGAGUGGCUCGAGUACGAGGGGGAAAACCAAUCCGCUGGGAUCCUGGAGACUUCCAGAGCUCUGACCGCAGUGCAGUCAGCCAUCUAUAGAUUCCUUCCACCAAAACAUCAUACAGGAACAAUUUAUAAACUCUGUGGAGGAGAAAACUGCUUGUUGUACAUAAAGAUCUUACACAGGAAUGCAAAGAUCUUGGAAAAUUAAAAAUUGCACACAUCAUUGGAAUUUUUCCCAUGAAUGGCUGUAGUAACCAGUUCUACAAAUCAAAGAAUGUGUCUUAUUUUGGCCUUGGAUGAUUACAAGGCGAAAUACAAGAACACUGCAGAGAAGACAACCUCUUGCUGUACAUAUGGAUCUUGCACAAGAAUGCAAAAGUCCUUGAGAGAAAAACGAUUGGACACCUCAUUAGAACUUUGAAUGUGCAUGAUAGUAGUCUUGAGAAUGCUAGAAAUCAAGGAAUCAGAUCAUGGGCUUAGACAUACAGUAUAAGACUUGGAUGACUUGAAAAUAAAAUGUUGCUGCUC